ACUGUUAGCGGACAUUCGUUUUGUUGGAAAAAUCGGUGUGGAAUAAGCUAAUUUGACUGAUUUGGGGGAGGGUUGAAAAGGUAAAUCAAACAAGGGGAAUGGACUUCGAAAGAGGUAAACGACGACGGUGACAGCUGCCGUAAAAAGGACCAGCGAAGAAGACAGCUUAGCUAGCUGCUAAGCUAACUGUUACUAUGCCCUCUGUGCAAAAGCUGGCAAGCAGCUAAAUAUCUAAACACGUAACGAAUGUAAACGCAGCUAAUAACAUAAAAUAUCGUAUCAUGAUGGUACAAAGCACACGAAGAUUUUACGUAACGUAAACCAGAUAUAUUUUUUAUUCUGCUCAGAACUUGUAACCAAGACGACCGUGGCGAUAGCCAGUCGGUAACGUCAAGUGUCGUAACGUUGCUUGUGUGUAAUGAUGAGGGUUGGCAGGGAUUUGAAAUGAACCUUGUUUGAUCAUCUGUAACGUUUAGCAGAGCACAGCGUUGUCCGCUUCACUGGGGCUUAAGUCACGAAAGCAAUUAUAUGUAACGCUAGUUGCUCCUGUGUCUUGGUGGUGUUUUAGUGAAUGCUCGUCUACUGUCAGACUGCUAUUACUGGGACGGUGAAACAACUUAAAGGGGUUGUUCAAUGACGUCUCCAGACAUUUAGAGGAUGUUAACACAAUUUUCUCUUUUCAUUUGCAAAGUCCAAAUUGGCAUUGGAGGAUUCUGAUUUUAAACAGCAGAUGGCGUGUUGAGCUAUUUUCAAUGCAUGUAAUGCAGAUGCAUCCUAUUCAUUGGGUUAGAAGUGUCAAUAGUGACACCAGCAUUGAAGUUUCAUCACGGUACCGUCCUAUUAUUGAGCUUACAGUUGUAAUAUUGUGUCUUCAAUAUCUCUUAAGAAAACUUUAUUACACAUCACCUUUUGCAGAAUGGAAUGCAUUUGAACCUUUAUCAUUUUUAUUGGUACUUGAUAUAUCAAAACCAGGGCUUUUCCUAUGACAUAAUUAUAACUUUACUAUGUAGAAUUAAUUUUUUUAACUAGGCACUAUAUUGUAACAGGACAAUUAUAGUGCAAUACACUAUAUAGUGACUACUCAACCAUUUUAGACGCAUGCUGUCAUCUAGGUCAUAUCCAAAAGAAACAUCCUGUUCACUCAUUUCAUAUCUUCUCUCAAGUUUUGCUUUGACACUAAUCGGUCUCAUGUCUGUGCGUCUAGGUGCGAUGCGAGCUACUCUGCGCUGGGUGUUAUGGGAUGUGAAAGACACCCUGCUGAAGGUGCGUGCGUCUGUAGGGGAGCAGUAUUGCAAGGAGGCAGAACGAGUGGGCCUGAACAUCAGUCCUGUGGAGGUUGAAGCUGCUUUCCGCCAGGCAUACCGACACCAUUCCAGCAGAUACCCAAACUACGGCGUCUCUCAGGGCCUGGAUGGACGGUCUUGGUGGGUGGCCGUGGUGCGGGACACUUUCUCCCAGUGCACGGUUCAGGACCCAGCCCUGCUAAAUGCGAUGGCUCACAACCUUUAUCAGAACUUCUGCAAGGCAGAGAACUGGGAGGUAUUUCCAGACUCAAAGAAGACCCUGGAGACAUGUUCUUCUCUAGGACUGGAGCUGGGGGUGGUAUCAAACUUUGACAGCCGUCUAGAAGAGAUCCUUCACGUUUGCGGCCUGCGUUCUCACUUCAAGUUUUUGAUUACUUCAGAGGAAGCAGGCAUAGCGAAGCCCAAUCCAGCCAUCUUUAAACAGGCACUGCAGAAAUGCGGAGUGCUAGCUGCUAAUGUAGCUCAUGUUGGGGACCACUAUGUGAAUGAUUACCUCGCCUCUAAGUCUGUGGGCAUUCACGGGCUCCUUUUAGACCGAUGCAACCAGCACAACACAGCGUCUGUUCCUGCAGAGCAUCGGCUCCGCUCCCUGGAGGAGCUGCCGUCGCUGCUUCAGCAGCAAAUGCUGUAAUGCCGAAAAGUCAUGGACCCUAAAAGCUACCUGAGAGGGCUGUAAACCACUUAGGAUCUCUCUUUAAAUACCCCUGGCUAUUUUGGUCAAGAAUUUUGAUUUAGCACUGCAUAUUAAAUAUUCAAAUAUAAAAUAGAUUCUAUACUUUUUUUUUUUAAUUCACGCACACACACACACACACUGCUGCAGUAUACACUCUACUGUUCUCUGCCAAAGAGGGAAUAGAGGAGGGGCCUCAGCACACAGCCCUGUGGGACACCGGUGUGGAGGAUGAGGGUUGAGUGGGCAGCUGCCUGAGCCAGUGACAGGUUAAAGAUGUCAGUCGGGACCGCAGUCAGCUGCACAGCACAGUUCUUGAGCAGGCGCCCGGGGAAGCCAUCCGGGCCAGCAGCCUUAUGUGCGUUGAUCCGGCUCAGUGCAGCGCACACGUCGUGGGGGAGUGUGAGAGGCUGGUGGUCUGCGGUGAGCUGAGCCUAGAUGUCCACCUCCUGGUUGUCCUCGUCGAAGCGAGCGUAGAAGCUGUUCAGCUCGUCAGGGAAGGAGAUUGUUACCGCUUUGUCAAUAAAGUAGAAGCAAUGAAUAUUAGAACUAUUUAUCUAUCCUUGGUAUAAUAAACAAUACCUGGAGCAUUAAGGUCUUUACCUGUCCUCUUUUCUAGUAAAAGAUCUCCACAAA